AUAGAAAUUAAGAUUUUUGAGACAGUGAAAUAAGCACCAAAGUCUUCCUUGAUUUAAUUUAUAAAUAUGGUCAUUGAAAAUUGUCCAGGAGUGUUAUUUCCUUUUCAUAACAUCUAGUACCAAACUAUCACAGCCAAGACUUCUGCAAAGUCUUCAUGGCUGCCCCCGAUUUCAUGAAUUUUUAUAUAUACGAGUUCUGAUGUAGCUUUACAUUGCUGAAAUUGAAAAAACAAUGGCCUUGUCAAGCUUGAAGAGGGCAAUCUCAAUGGUCUGCAUGAUUCUGUUGGUUGUGUUUCAAUUUUCUCAGAAUGUUGCUUCUGAUUCUACUGAAGAAGCAGAAGCUCUUCUGAAAUGGAAAGCCAGCCUGCCAAACCAGAACAACUCUCUCCUGUCUUCCUGGACUCGUUCUCCUGCUAAUGCCACCAACUAUUCUACUCAUUGCACCGAUUGGUCUGGAAUUUCUUGCAACCAGGAUGGAAGAAUCAAUAAAUUCAACCUGUCUCUUUCAGAUUUAAAAGGUACUCUUGAUGAAUUAUCCUUCUUAUUAUUUCCUUUUCUUGAAUUCAUCGAUUUUGGUGUAAAUCAUCUCUUCGGUGUUAUCCCAACACAAAUAUGUAAUCUUUCAAAACUGAAAUACCUUGACUUGUCAGUCAAUCUGUUUCAUGGGAAAAUUCCCAAGGAAAUUGGCCUGCUAAGAAAUCUAGAGACCCUCCACCUGAAUAAUAAUCAGUUAAAUGGCUCAAUUCCACAGGAAUUAGGCCAAUUGACUACCCUUAAUGAUCUUACCUUGUCUAGUAACUAUUUGGAUGGUUCAAUUCCUGCUUCCUUGGGUAAUUUGAGCAACUUGGGUCGAUUCUAUCUUUAUAAUAAUUCACUUUCUGGUUCAAUUCCUCCAGAGAUUGGAAACCUCUCUAAUCUAAUUGAACUUGAUGUGAGUACCAAUAGCUUAUUUGGUCCAAUCCCUUCAAGUUUUGAAACCUUGAGAAACAUGAAUUACCUAUACAUGUACAAAAACAAACUUUCUGGUGUUAUUCCUAGAGAAAUUGGGAACAUUGAAUCUCUCCGUGCAUUAAGCCUUUAUUCUAAUAAUUUUUCUGGUUCAAUUCCAGGGUCAAUAGGUGGUCUAAAAAACCUAACCGGUCUUCAAUUGUAUAAUAAUCAACUUUCUGGACCAAUUCCUUAUGAAAUAGGAAACCUGAAGUCUCUUAUGUAUCUAGAGUUGAGUGAAAAUCAGCUUAGCGGCCAUAUUCCUCCAACUUUUGCUAAUUUGAGUAAUUUAGAAGCUCUCUAUCUCCGAAACAACUCUCUUUCUGGUCCAAUUCCAGAAGAAAUAGGAAAUUUAAAGAAGUUGGGUCUUCUGUCACUGGAUAACAACUACUUCACUGGUUCUUUACCCCAUAAUAUUUGUCAAAGUGGUUCACUUGUGAACUUCACAGUGAAUGGCAACAACUUCGAAGGUCCGAUCCCGAAGGGCUUGAGAAAUUGCACAAGCCUGAUGAGACUCCGCUUGGAAAAAAAUGAAUUUGUUGGUAAUAUAUCAGAAGAUUUUGGGAUCUAUCCACAACUGCAAUACAUAGAUCUCAGUCAAAAUAAAUUCCAUGGCGAAAUCUCAUCUAACUGGGCAAAGUGUGCAAAAUUAGGCACCCUAAAGAUUGCUGCUAAUAAUAUCACGGGCAGCAUACCAGCUGAGCUAGGUAACUUGACUCAACUUGGAAGACUAAAUCUUUCUUCAAAUCUCCUGGUUGGAGAGAUUCCGAAAGAACUUGGAAAUUUGAGUCUGCUAGAGGAGCUGAUUUUGAAUGGUAACCAAAUUUCUGGCAGUAUACCUCUGGAAAUUGGAUCUCUCUCAGAUAUUACCCGUCUAGACUUGUCGGCAAACAGGUUAAGCAAUUCAAUCCCUAGAAAUAUAGGGAACUUGUUGAAAGUCUAUUACUUGAAUUUGAGCAACAAUCAGUUUAGCCAAGAGAUUCCAAGUCAGUUGGGCAAGCUAAGUCAACUUUCAGUGCUAGAUUUAAGUCAGAACUUACUCAGGGGAAACAUACCUUCUCAAUUAUCUGAUUUGGAAGUUUUGCAGAAGCUGAAUCUCUCCCACAAUAACCUCUCUGGCUUCAUUCCAGGAGGAUUUGAAAACUUGCUAGCCCUGACUAGCAUUGACAUUUCCUUUAACGACUUGGAGGGUCCAAUUCCAAAUUCCACAGCCUUUCGAAAUGCUUCCAUAGGAGCAUUACAAGGGAACAAAGAUUUGUGCGGUGAUGUUAUCGGAUUGCAACCUUGCAAAAGUUCGAAAUCUUUCAACUCAGGCAAACACGGAUUGAGCAGAAGAUCGUUGAUCAUCCUGGCAAUUCUGCUCCCAGUUUUGGCAGUCCUUGUUUUUUCAGCUGUGCUGAUCCGAAUUCUCAGAACUUCCUGGAGAAGGAAGAGAGACUCCCAAGAAGUAGAAAGUGAUGAAAACUAUGGAGAGGUCUUUUCAAUUUCAAUUUUUGAUGGGAAAAAGAUGUAUGAAGAAAUUUUGAAAGGAACAAAUGAUUUCAGUUCAGAAUAUUGCAUUGGGAAAGGAGGUCAAGGAAGUGUUUAUAAAGCGGAACUAUCAGGCAACACUGUAGCAGUCAAGAAAAUUCAUGCUUUGUAUGCCAGUAUUGCAGAUCAGAAAGAGUUCCUAAGCGAAAUACAAGCUUUAACAGUAAUAAGGCAUCGAAAUAUUGUGAAAUUUUUUGGCUUUUGUUCACAUUCCAGACACUCAUUCUUGGUCUACAAGUACCUGGAAAGGGGCAGCUUGGCCUCAAUCCUGAGCAAUGAAAACACAGCAGUUGAGCUAGACUGGAGCAAGAGACUGAAAGUCAUAAAAGGAGUGGCCGAUGCCUUAUCUUACCUGCAUAACGACUGCUUCCCACCAAUCAUCCAUCGCGACAUAUCAAGCAAGAACAUCCUGCUGGAUUCAGAAUAUGAAGCUCAUGUUUCAGACUUUGGAACAGCCAAGCUUCUUAACCCAGACUCCUCCAAUUGGACUGAACUGGCAGGCACAUAUGGAUACGUUGCACCAGAGCUUGCCUAUACAAUGAAGGUGACAGAGAAAUGUGACGUUUAUAGCUUUGGGGUGUUGGCCAUGGAAGUGAUCCAGGGGAAGCAUCCGAGAGAUUUUCUCUCCCAAUCUUCAGGUUCUUCUGCCAACAUGAAGAUGGAGCUUGGUGAUAUGUUGGAUCCGAGGCUUCCAUUUCCCUCCCUGGAAGUUCAGAACAAACUGAUUUCCAUCAAGGAGAUGGCCCUUUUAUGCAUAGAUGGAAAUCCACAAUCUAGACCCACCAUGCAUACUGUGGCUCAAACACUCUGCAGCUAAGUCAAUUCCUUCCUCCACUAUCACACCUAUUCAUCCCCAGUGGAGGAGGAUCAGUCAAAUACAGUUUUUUUUUUUUUUUUAGGCUCUGAAUUAUAUAUUGUUGCAACAUUAUUAUUUGGAAAAUUAAAAACACCGAGACUAGAGAAGGAUAUGCAAACCCAGUUGCGAAUCCAAGAAUAAAACUAAAAUAUGUCAAAGUUGAAUAAAAGAAAAAUAUAAAUGGUCAAUGAAAAAAUAA